AUGAUCAUCUACAGAGACAUCAUCAGCGGCGACGAGAUCGUCUCGGAUGCCACCAAGAUCAUCGAUGCCGGUAACGGACUGUGGGAAAUUGACGGCCGCAUGAUCAAGAAGGGUGCCGAGAACUUCGUUCUCGAGGGUGCCAACCCUUCAGCCGAAGAGGAGGAGGAGGGCGGUGACGAGGGCGGUGACAACCAAGCGGUCCUCGAUCUUGCAGACUCUUUCCGCUGGUCAAAGUUGGAGGGCGGUAUGAGCAAGAAGGCGUACCAGAGUGAACUCAAGAAAUACAUGAAGGCCCUUACAGAGAAACUGAAGGAGAGGGGUACCCCAGAGGAAGACAUCAAGAAGUUCCAGUCUGAGGCCCCGGCUGCUGCUAAGAAGAUCCUUAGCAACUGGGAAAACUACGACAUCUACCAAGGCGAAUCGAUGGCGGGGAACGGCAUGUACGUGCUGAUUGAUUUCCGCGAGGACGGUAUGACCCCCUAUGCGACUGUCUGGAAAUGGGGUUUGGAGGAAUACAAGGUGUAA